GAAGUGGCAUUUACUGAGAAACUGUACUUUGCUGGAAUUCAGAGAUGGCACAGCUUGAAUAUAUCAAUUACAUUUAUUACUUCGAAAAAACUCAAGUACAGUUGUGGUGGUUUUUUUUCUUCUUGAUGGCUGGUGGACAAUCGGUUUAAAUGGUUAAUGCAUGGUUUGCUGAGAGAGUUCAUACCAUCCCAGUCUGCAAGGAGGGAACAAAGUCCCAGAGUGAAUCCUGUGCUUGUCACCAGCCUGCCUGCGCUGAGACCACCAACUCUGGGACGCCAGCGAGGAAAAUCUCUGCUUCUGAAUUUGACAGACCCUUAAGGCCUAUUUUUGUCAAGGACUCAGUAGGAGCAGUGAGCUUCCUCUCCGGCUCUGAAAAGAAGGAACAGAUGCCUCUGCCAUCUCCAAGGAUUGAGGCCAGUGCAGGGGAUCAGUGCUCAAGACUAUUAGAACUUGUGAAAGAUAUUUCUAGUCACUUAGAUGUCACAGCACUUUGCCAUAAAAUUUUCCUACAUAUCCAUGAGCUUAUAGCAGCUGAUCGCUAUUCCCUGUUCUUGGUCUGUGAGGAUAGCUCUAAUGAGAAGUUUCUUGUAAGCAGGCUGUUUGACGUGGCAGAAGGCUCCACCCUGGAAGAAGCUUCCAACAACUGCAUUCGCCUGGAGUGGAACAAGGGCAUUGUGGGUCACGUAGCAGCUAUAGGCCAGCCUCUGAACAUCAAGAAUGCGUAUGAGGAUCCAAGAUUCAAUGCCGAAGUUGACCAGAUCACAGGGUAUAAGACUCAGAGUAUUCUCUGUAUGCCAAUAAAGAAUCACAGAGAAGAGGUUGUUGGUGUGGCUCAAGCAAUCAAUAAGAAAUCUGGAAUUGGUGGCACUUUCACUGAACAAGAUGAAAAGGAUUUUGCUGCCUAUUUGGCAUUUUGUGGAAUUGUUCUUCACAACGCUCAAUUGUAUGAGACAUCUUUGCUUGAGAACAGGCGCAAUCAGGUGCUUCUUGAUCUUGCCAGCCUGAUUUUUGAAGAGCAGCAGUCUUUGGAAGUAAUUCUGAAGAAGAUAGCCGCCACUAUAAUAUCCUUCAUGCAAGUGCAGAGGUGUACCAUCUUCAUAGUGGAUGAGGAUUGUACUGAUUCAUUUUCUAGUGUGUUUCACAUGGAAUCUGAGGAAUUAGAAGAGUCAACUGAAAAUCUGAAGAGGGACUAUGAUACAAACAAAAUCAAUUAUAUGUAUGCUCAGUAUGUCAAGAAUACGAUGGAGCCUCUCAACAUCCCAGAUGUCUGCAAAGACAGAAGAUUUCCCUGGACAAAUGACAAUGCAGAAAAUGUAAGUCAACACAUAAAGAGUUUGCUGUGUACACCAAUAAAAAAUGGGAAAAAGAAUAAAGUGAUAGGGGUUUGCCAGCUUGUGAAUAAGAUGGAAGAAAACUCGGGCAAAAUCAAGGCUUUCAACAGAAACGAUGAACAGUUCCUGGAAGCAUUUGUCAUCUUUUGUGGUUUGGGGAUCCAGAAUACACAGAUGUACGAAGCUGUAGAAAGAGCCAUGGCCAAACAGAUGGUGACAUUAGAGGUUCUCUCAUACCAUGCUUCUGCUGCUGAGGAGGAAACGAGGGAGCUGCAGGUAACAGCGGCUGCUGUAGUACCAUCUGCACAAUCUCUCAACCUAACUGACUUCACCUUCAGUGAUUUUGAACUAUCAGAUUUUGAAACAACACUGUGUACAAUUCGAAUGUUCACAGACCUCAACCUGGUGCAAAAUUUCCAAAUGAAACAUGAGGUUCUCUGCAGAUGGAUUUUAAGUGUAAAGAAAAAUUAUCGGAAAAAUGUUGCUUAUCACAAUUGGAGACAUGCCUUUAAUACAGCACAGUGCAUGUUUGCUGCUUUAAAGUCUGGUAAAAUUCAGAGCAAACUGACUGACUUAGAAACACUGGCUUUGCUGAUAGCAACUCUAAGUCAUGAUUUGGAUCACAGGGGAGUGAACAACUCUUACAUACAAAGAAGCGAACAUCCACUGGCUCAACUGUAUUGCCACUCAAUCAUGGAGCAUCAUCAUUUUGAUCAAUGCCUUAUGAUCCUGAAUAGUCCAGGAAAUCAGAUUCUCAGCAGCCUUUCCAUUGAAGAAUACAAGGCCACACUGAAAAUGAUAAAACAAGCCAUUCUUGCCACAGACCUAGCACUAUACAUAAAGAGGAGAGGAGAAUUUUUUGAACUUCUAAGGAAGAAGCAAUUUAAUUGGGAAGAUCCUACACAGAAGGAGCUAUUUUUAGCAAUGCUGAUGACUGCUUGUGAUUUAUCAGCCAUAACCAAACCAUGGCCAGUUCAGCAACGGAUUGCUGAGCUUGUAGCUACCGAGUUCUUUGAUCAAGGAGAUAAAGAGCGGAAGGAACUCAACAUAGAACCAACAGAUCUAAUGAACAGAGAGAAGAAAAAUAAAAUUCCCAGCAUGCAGGUUGGAUUCAUAGAUGCUGUUUGUUUGCAGCUGUAUGAGGCCCUAACGCAUGUGUCAGAGGCCUGCUACCCUUUACUGGAUGGCUGUAGAAAAAAUAGGCAGAAAUGGCAAUCCUUAGCUGAACAACAAGAGAAGAAUCUGAUUAAUGGAGAAAGCAAUCAAGCCAAACGGAACUGAGAUGCUGAUUUAACAACCACAAGCUUAAGUUCACAUAGAAGACAUAGUAAUAGGGGAGUACUGCAUUUUGCUAAACACUGUAUGAAUUUGGCUUGUAUUUUGCCACUGCUGUAUUAUUUUCCCACAUUUCAGGAUAUAGCAUGACCAUGUAUAUGCCAAGGUUAUCUAAAGAUAGUAUGUUUCUUUUAUUACAUCUGACUGAGAUGGAAAAAGAUCUGCAAGGGUAGUUUUUGCUACCCUGUUCCACAAGAAGGUACGAGUGCAGUUACUUGACUGUCCCCGAGAGGCUAUUACUUCAUAGAUGUAUAUAGUUGUUUAGUGAUCAUGUUGUGGCCAGUAUCUUAAAGACUACUGCAUUACACACCUUCUUUCCUCUUCCAAUCUUGCUGUGUUAUAAAAGUAAUGAGCAGUCUUGCCUGUUCUCUUCCCAGAAGUUCAGAGGAAAGAUUGGGACUAACUCUGGGGAGCCUUAUCCAGCAUAUACUAUG